AUGGAAAAUUCUCAAAGUGAACUUCCAAACAAAAACAACAACAAUCCAAUCAGUUAUGAUAGGUUUGAGGUAGGCACUGUGCCCUUCAAUCCCGACAGUUGGGGCCCGCCGGAAUCCGUCUUCGCUGCGCUCUCUGUUCCCAACAACCCCUCCAACAUCCUCUUCGCCCCUUUUGCCCACUCUGAGAAGCUAGGUCGGAUCGCCGACUGGACCCGAAACCUCAACAACCAGGCCCGAUCCAGAUCCAAGCAUAGCGGAGCCUACCACCCGUCCGACUAUGCCUUCGAUUUCUCCGGCGACGACUCGUUCGCCUGCCUCACUGCCGACGAGAACGUCUCCUUCCGCCUCGUCAACACUCGCCCAAAUCGCACCACUACAACCCCAAUCGCCCCAAGUUCAACCCGAUCCCAUCUCCCGCAGCACCGUGACGAGGAGGACGAGGCCCGCAAGCGCCAGGCCGAGAAGGAGCUCUCCCGUUGUUACAAAAUGUACAACAACCGCUCCCAGAUGCCCCAACAUUGUGAGUCGUCAAUUUUCAAGUGGGGGUUAAUUGGGGGCCUGAAGUGGAAGUACCUAAAAUUGGUUUUCCCGAAAAUUUAA